GGAGUGAGACUGCAGAGCCGCCCAGCCCGGCCCAGACUGGGUGUCAAGGCGGGGAGGGGAUUUCAUCAGGUUCCCUCCCCGUGGGCCGGGCGGCUGGGAACCUGUUGGAACGAUUUUAGUUUGGGGAGGGACGGAGGGACCGCUGGCAGGGCGGGAACGUCAGGGCCGCAGAGGCAGCCCCUCGGCCCAGGCAUCCUGGCAGGCGGUGGGCAGCCUGUCCUGGCUGGGACGACGUGGGCCUCCCGAGCUGCUGAAGUGGCUGAACUACAUGUCUGAUCCCUUUGCUGUAUGUGCCGAGGAAGAAAACAGACCCAUGGUGGAGGGAGGACCCAGGACAAUGGCUGCUGAUCAUGAUUUGGAGAUGGAGGAUAUGAAUCUGAAUAUGGAUAGAGACAUGGAAGGAGAGCUGGAAGAAGAGCAGGAAAUGAGAGAGGACGGUGGACGUGAAGAUCCCUUCAAGAGUAAAAAGGUCCAUAGGGUUGUCUCGAAAUGGAUGCUUCCUGAAAAGGUCCGAAGAACAUACUUGGAGAGAGCUAACUGCCUCCCACCCCCUGUGUUUAUCAUCUCCGUCAGCCUUGCUGAGCUGGCGGUGUUUAUUUACUAUGCCGUGUGGAAGCCUCAGAAACAGUGGAUCACCCUGGACACAGGCAUCCUGGAGAGUCCCUUUACCUACAAUCCUGAGAAGCGGGAGCAAGCCUGGAGGUUUGUCUCCUAUAUGCUGGUCCACGCUGGAGUUCAGCACAUCGUGGGGAAUCUCAUUAUGCAGCUCGCUUUGGGUAUUCCCUUGGAAAUGGUCCACAAAGGCCUGCGAGUAGGGCUGGUGUACCUGGCAGGAGUGAUUGCAGGGUCCCUUGCCAGCUCCAUUUUUGACCCACUCAAAUAUCUUGUGGGUGCUUCAGGAGGAGUCUAUGCUCUGAUGGGAGGCUAUUUUAUGAAUGUUCUGGUGAAUUUUCGAGAAAUGAUUCCUGCCCUCGGAAUUGUCAGACUACUGAUCAUCAUCCUUAUAAUUGGUUCAGAUAUGGGAUUUGCUCUCUACAGAAGGUUCUUUGUCCCUGCGGACGGGUCACCGGUGUCUUUUGCAGCCCAUGUUGCAGGUGGAUUCGCUGGAAUGUCCAUAGGUUACACUGUGUUUAGCUGCUUUGAUAAGGCUCUGCUGAAGGACCCAAGGUUCUGGAUAGCAAUUGCAGCUUAUUUCGCUUGUGUCUUAUUUGCCGUGUUUUUCAACAUUUUCCUAUCCCCAGCAAACUGAACUGCCUCAUGAUAUAUAAACCAAGGAAUGCAAAGAGCCAUCUGGAAAAAAACUGAAGUAUAUGAAGAGACCAAGAAGUCCUUGCAAAUACUAACAAUUUUUUUUAAAGAGGUCAGAACACCACCGAUGUCCUCAGUUGCAAAGACUGUUUACAAAAGGGGUUAGGGUUUAGGGAAGGGGCUUCUGAACGCAGAGGAGGGAAAAGGAAGAGAGAAAAGGGAAGGGAUAGAAAAAGCAGGGAUUGGCUCUUUCCAGACUCAUGGUGUGCAUCAUAUGUAUCUAAAUGAGACUUGCUCUCCUUAGAGGGUAUGUUGUAGAGACUGUUUGAUAGAAUUCACAAAUACUGUACUGUGCUGAUAAUAAAAACUUUUCAUACCUGU